AUGGAGAUUGUUAGUGAAAUAGUGAGAGGAGUUGUUCAGGUCCUCAUUGUUCCAGUUAAAAAACAACUGGAUUACCUAAUUUCCUACAAAAAGUAUGUUGGGGAUAUGCGCACCAGAAAGGCGGAUCUGGAUGCUGCAAGAGUUGGCAUGGAAUCCCAGAAGAAGCAAAACAGAGAAAGACGUCUUGAGGUUCCUGCCCAAGUCGACCCUUGGUUGAUAGAAGCAGAACAGAUGAAUAAAAAGGUGGAAGAAUUUCCAAGUGAAGUCCUCAGUUGUCUCGAUCUCAAGAGUAGACACAAGCUUGGAAGGAAAGCCUUCAAGAUAUUUAAGGAGAUCGAGGGUGUUCUGGGAUGA